CCACAAUUCCGCGCUUCAGUGUGUGUGUGUGUGUGUGUGUGUGUGUGUGAGUGAGAGUUUAAACACACUGCUGGGGCAGGAUGGAGGCAGUUUUAGCCAAGUAUGAAAACCAGAUCAACGUCUUCUCAGAGUUCUUAGAGGAUUUACCGGACAGUGAAGAGCCGGUCUGGGUUUUAGGACAAUCUUAUAACAGUAAGACAGAAAAGUCAGCGCUUCUCUCAGACGUGCGUUCGCGGCUGUGGUUUACGUACAGGAGGAAGUUCAGCCCUAUCGGAGGAACGGGUCCGUCGUCAGACACGGGCUGGGGCUGCAUGCUGCGCUGUGGACAGAUGAUCCUGGCUCAGGCCCUCAUCUGCAGCCAUCUGGGAAGAAGGUGGCGGUGGGCGAGUGGGCGGAGUCAGCCACCUGAGUACCAGCACAUCCUCCACUGCUUCCUGGACAGAAAAGAUAGCUGCUAUUCAAUUCACCAGAUGGCUCAGAUGGGUGUGGGCGAGGGUAAAUCUGUUGGAGAGUGGUACGGUCCGAACACAGUAGCACAAGUUCUCAGGAAACUCACACUGUUUGAUGAUUGGAGUUCGUUAGCCGUGUACGUGUCAAUGGACAACACUGUAGUGAUCGAAGACAUCAAGAUGCAGUGUCAUCAGGGUACGACUGGCGGCGUUGACGUUCCUCUCCCCGGCGAGUCGUCGUCAGGACACGGGCCGAGGGACGACCCCGAGCGGCGUCAGGCUCCGUGCCCCGUCUCCCAUUCCCGACGCCUUUCCCAGCAUUCCCUGGACUGGAGGCCUCUGCUGCUCCUCAUCCCGCUCCGCAUGGGCAUCAACAGCAUCAACCCCAUCUACAUCCAGACCCUGAAAGAAUGUUUUAAGAUGCCGCAGUCGUGUGGAGUCCUCGGGGGGAAACCCAACCUGGCCUUCUACUUCAUUGGGUUCAUCAAUGAUGAGUUGAUCUAUCUGGACCCUCACACCACACAGUCGGCCGUGGACUCGGAGACGGACCUCAUGGUGGAUGAUCAGAGCUACCACUGCCAGAGGAACCCCCACCGCAUGAAGAUCACCAGCCUGGACCCGUCUGUAGCACUGGGCUUCUUCUGUAAGAGUGAGGAGGACUUUGACUGCUGGUGUCAUCAGGUUCAGCAGGAAAUCCUGAGGAAGAGGAACCUGCACAUGUUCGAGCUGGUGGACAAACACCCGCCUCACUGGCCUCCGUUUGUCCCUCCCAGUAAACCUGAGGUCCAGACCACCGGAGCAGAGUUCAUCGAGUCCACAGACAAGCUGUUCGAGUCGGAGGAGGAGUUUGAGAUCCUGAACGUGUGACGCUUCCUCCUGACUCUCACCGCACAAGUGCCUCAGAUCAACACCAAGCACAAACACCCACACGCAAAAAACACAUCUGUUAAACACCCUGCUGGAGACGGAGACGGAGACGCAGCAGUCAGAGUUCUGCAGCGCAGGACGUCAGUAUUUACAGCCGAGACCUCGAGCGCUCUCAGCCGCGCGCCGCAGGGCAACGCCAAGGAUCACUGUAGCCACUCUGUGUGUGUGUGUGUGUGUGUGUGUGAGCUUUUACCCUGUGUAGCGUCAAACCCUGUGUGUGCGUUUUUAUAAAACCGUUUGGAGGACUGUGUGGUUGUGUGAACUGUACUGUAUCACGACAUCAUCAUCGGACCCGUGAGAGAACAGCCUGAUGAUGAUGAUGAUGAUGAUGAUGUCCCCCCACACACACACACACACACACACACUCACACCCUCCUGUCGCUGGGGGACGACGAGUUUAAGUGCCUCUUGCAGUGAUGUUUCUCUCACUCGCAAUCGGACGAGACAAGCGAUGAAUUACACGUUGCAGUCGUACAUACGCGUGAAAAUAAAGAUAUUUAAUGCACCCUUU